AUGGAGAAUCUCUCGCAUUCUCGGCAUCCAAACAGGUCUUCUUCGGCGAAAAUGAUCAACAAUGGCGGCUUCUUAGGGAAGACGCUGUACGACGACGUAUAUGGCGGCCCGCCGAAGUUCGGCCUCUCGUCUCUCUCGCCUCGUAUGGAGGACUACAGCGAGAUUUUCGGGAGCUUCCACGCGUCACGCGCCUCUUCGAUUCCGGUGCUCGAUGUUCCCGUUGUCGACCAAAACGAGGUCUUCUUCGAUGUACGGAGCUCCGGUUUCGACUACGGCGAGGUUUUCGGGGGCUUUAACGGUCUGGAUUUCGCGGUUGCGUACGACGACCUGGUUAACCAAUCUAAGGGUGGAGAUGGUGACUGUGAUUCCUCUGAUGAAGCUUGGACUCCUGCAGAAUCUGGGUCUCUGUCGGAAGGAUCAGAUGAUUCCGGCAAGAACCAAUGCUUUUCAAAUGGAGAUCCUUUCCAGUCAUUUGAUGGCAGUACAGAGUUCAGCAUAUCAUAUCACACCGCUCAUCAAAAAAGCAAUAAAGAUUCUUUGAACGGGAUGACGCAUGUAACUCGGGCACAUGUUCCUGGAUACACUUUUGUGCUGGAUGAAAACAUUCCUUUGCAACAGACAGAAAAUGAGAAUCCAAUCUUGCAAGUGACUGAUGAUAGCAAGUUAAGUAUGAACUGUAACAUGGAAAGGGUGAACGAAAAGCAUCUAAAAAAGACCAUGUCACACCCCCCUAAUGGUAGUUCUUCUGGACAGGCAUUUGGGGACAACCUUAAUCCUGAAAGGGGAUAUGAUAGAAAUGGUUCUCAUCAUAAAAAGCCUUUUGUAACUAUAUCAGACAUAAGCCUUAGAACUCAGCCCUCUCAUUUGCCACCACCAUCUCGACCACCACCCAUAGUAGAUGGAAACAGUGGAGAUUCCGGUAGAUUGUCUUCAAAUUCUGACACUGUAGCUUCUGAUGGGACUACAGGUGAUAGUUCACCUCCUUUCUUUGAUGUAGAGGUAGAUGCAAGUUCAUCUGCUGCAGUAUCUGCAGCAGCUAUGAAAGAAGCAAUGGAGAAAGCCAAAGUACAAUUGAAAAGUGCAAAAGAGUUAAUGCAGAGGAAGAAAGAGGGUUUCCAAAGGCGUACGAAAUCGGGGUCAAAGAAAGAAAUGAAAGAGAAAGAAAGAAAGGUGGGUGAAAUUGUUGAUGGUUCCAACAGUAUGAAAGAUGAUAGAGAGCAGGGCACUUCUGAAAGAGAAGACAGUGGAAUGAAAUUUGCUGUUAGGAAGGAAAGGCAAAAGGUGUUGAAGACAGCCAGAGAAGUUCCAGAAUCUCUAGAAGAUGAAAAUUCAUUAAAUGUGGCUAAAAAUUUUGCACAAGAGAAGCAUGGGAAGGGAUCUUGGUCAUCUCAGGGGUCUUUCAAAAUUGAUGAAGCUAGUGAAUGGCAAGAAGCAACUCAAUAUUUUGAAUUGGUGGCAAUAGAUGAGUCCAGGAAGGCUUUUGAGCAGGAAAACAAAGAGAAGAUUUUGGUUCAGAACAGAAAAAGUUAUGAGCAUAGGCAGAAAGAAAAAGCAACGAUGGAAGCAUUGGUUCAGCAAGAAGAAAAUGAUAAGAAAGCAAGAGCAGCUAUAGAAGAAGAAUUAGGGAAGCAACCUCGUGAAUGGGAGGAAUGCAGUGCAAAAUUAAAAGCUGCUAAAGAGGCAUGCAGGCGAAAAGAGCCUGAGAAAAAGGUGAAAGUGACUCAUGAAAUUCAUAAGGAGGGAAAGAAUGAGAUGAGUCCUAGCAUGGGUACACUGCCUGCAGAAUCUGAGAAGCAAAGAGACAUCGUGGUAGAGGUUCCAGAUAAAGAAAUUAAGUUCAAAGUUGAGCAGGCCAGGAAGCAGAAAGAAAAUGAUAAAAGAAUUAGAAGUGACAAAAGACUCAAGGAAUCUUGUGGAAGGGAAGAUUUUGAAAAGAGACAAGAAGAAGCUUUGGAGCAGGAAGAGAAUGAAAGAAGGCUUAAAGAGGCGUUGAAACAAGCAGAAAACGAGAAGAGACUGAAGAAGGUUCUUGAGCAGAAAGAAAAUGAGAAGAGGUUAAAGGUGGCUCUUGAGCAGGCAGAAAAUGAGAAAAGGCUAAAAAAUGCUCUUGAAUUGCAAGAGAAUGAGAGCAAAUUAAUAGAGGCUUUUGAAUUGGAAAAAAAGAAGAAACAGAAAGAGGCUACUCAAAGAGAAGAAAAUGAGAAGCGGCAAAAAGAAGCUCUCGAGAGGGAAGAGUAUGAGAAGAGACAAAAAGAGGCUUUUGAAUGGGCAAAUAAGAAGAAACAGAAAGAGGCUGCGCAAAGAGAAGAAAAUGAGAAGCGGCAAAAAGAAGCUCUCAAGAGGGAAGAGUAUGAGAAGAGACAAAAAGAGGCUUUUGAAUGGGAAAAUAAAAAGAAACAGAAAGAGGCUACUCAAAGAGAAGAAAACGAAAAGCGGCUAAAAGAAGCUCUCGAGAGGGAAGAAUAUGAGAAGAGACAAAAAGAUGCCCAUGAAGGAGAGGAAAGUGAGCAAAGAUUUGAAAUGGCCUAUGCUCGGGAUCAGCAAUAUGACAAAAAAGGAUUAAUGGAGGCCAAGGACAUAGAAGGAACUGAUGUAACAUUAAAGGAAGUGUUUGGGCAAGUAGAAAAUCAGAACAUAAGAAAGGCUAGUGAUUCGGAACAGACUGGGAAGACUGUUAAAGUUGCUGGUGACUGGGAAGAACAGAAGGUCCUAAACAAAACAAAUGAGGGAACAGAGAGGAAUGAAAAUGGUCAGGAACCAAGAUCAGUUAAAGGCUUGCACAUGGAAGAGGGGGAUCUAAGGGUAUCUGAUGAAACAUGUAACCAAGGUUGUAAUAAGGACUCUCAAGCGACUCAAAUAGCCAGCAAACAUGAUGAAAACAGUGAAACAACGGAAGCAACUCAAAAGGCCCCCACUCAUGAAGAAAAUGGAGAGAAAAGGACUGAACACAAAAUUAGUGAUACACAACCAGAAGUAACUGAACGAGUAAGUGUGUCAACUGACUUAAAAUUCAAAGCAUCUAAAGUUUCCCUAGAGGAUUUAGAAAAUGGAGAGAACCGGUUCAGAAGGGAAGACUCCAAUGUUUCUCUUCCUUUAGAUGAUAGUGUGAAGAAAGCAAGGGAAGAAAUUAGGGCUGAACCUAAAGCUAGCAAAAGGGAAUUGGGGGAAUUUGAAAUGGAAAAUGUGCAGGUUGAUGAAAAGUUCAAAGCAUCUGGCAUGGCCCAAGGAGAAAUAGAACGCGGGAAUUGCCAAGUUAGAGUGGAUGAUGCCUACGAGUCAAUUCCUUUAGAUAAGCACACGAAGAAGGCAGGAGAAGCUGGCAGUGGCAUUGUACAACCACAAGUUGAGCAAUUUAAGAGUACCUCUCGAAUGGAUUUUGAUCAUGAAACUAAAAAGAUGGAAUUUGUUCAGGAAUGGAAAGAGGGUGAAAAGGACUUGAAGGGAGUCCAAGCUGGCUCAAGUCGGGAAGAAAACAAGACAGCGAACUCAACCCCUGAACCGGUGAAAGAGUUUGUUGAAAAUAAAAGGAAAACAGAAGCAGCUUAUCCAGUCAUGGUAGAAGUAAACAGCCAGAAAUCAUCUCAGCAAGUUAAUUCAAGCCAGGUGCCAGAGAGAAAAGAUAAGAAUCUUAAAGAGACCCUUAAAAAUGGGGAGAAAGAAACUGAAAGGUUGAAAAGAGAAAGAGAGCUCGAAAAUGAUCGCCUUAGAAAGAUAGAGGAAGAAAGAGAAAGAGAGCGGGAAAGAGAAAAGGAUAGGAUGGCUGUUGACAGAGCAACACUUGAAGCUCGCGAAUGGGCAUAUGGGGAAGUUCGUGAGAGGGCUGAAAGGGCUGCUAUGGAGAGAGCAACAGCUGAAGCUCGACAAAGAGCAAUGGCAGAGGCUCGUGAAAGAUUAGAGAAGGCAUGCACAGAGGCCAGGGAGAAGUCAAUAGCAGGGAAGGCAGCUAUGGAGGCCAGGCUUAAGGCAGAGCGUGCUGCAGUAGAGAGAGCAACUGCAGAGGCCCGAGAGCGUGCUGCAGAAAAAGUAAUGGCUGAAAGGGCUGCUUUUGAGGCAAGAGAACGAGUGCAAAGAUCUGUUUCUGAUAAGUUCUUUGUUUCUUCUAGAAAUAACGGUUUGAGACAUUGCUCUUCAUCCUCGGAUCUACAGGACUCGCAAUUUCAGAGCACUGGGGGUUCAAGAUAUCCAUAUUCCUCAGUUUAUGCUGAGAGAUAUGAGGGAGUUGAAGGUGAAUCAGCUCAAAGGUGUAAAGCAAGACUAGAGAGGCAUGCUAGAACAGCCGAACGAGCGGCAAGAGCUCUUGCAGAGAAGAAUAUGCGUGAUCUUCUUGCACAAAGAGAGCAAGCAGAGAGAAAUAGAUUAGCCGAGAAUCUGGACGCAGAUGUCAGGAGGUGGUCAAGUGGAAAAGAAGGCAACUUGCGUGCAUUACUUUCGACUUUGCAAUAUAUCCUUGGGCCUGAUAGUGGUUGGCAGCCUAUUCCCUUAACGGAUGUCAUAACUGCUGCUGCUGUAAAGAAAGCUUACAGGAAGGCCACUCUUUGUGUUCAUCCUGACAAGUUGCAACAACGGGGUGCAAGCAUUCAACAGAAGUACAUAUGUGAAAAAGUUUUCGAUCUUCUAAAGGAAGCAUGGAACAAAUUCAACUCAGAAGAGCGGUAA